CACCCUCGGCGGCCUGCGGCUCCCCGCCCACAGACGCCCCGCAGGCGGCUUCGCGCUCCCGGGAGGCCCGGGUGGCGCGCCGGGCUCUGUCCGCGGUGCGAGGGGUGUGCCUCCCGCAGCCCCGGGGCGCGGAGAGUGCGGAGGAAGGGUCGGGGCCGCCCACGCUGCUCUCGCUGUCUCGCCCUCGCAAACGCCCUCCCGGGGGUGGGGAGGGCGUCCCCGCGACCGGCGCGAUGGGAGCCAACGAGGACCAGGAGAUGGAACUGGAAGCCCUACGUUCUAUUUAUGAAGGGGAUGAAAGUUUCCGGGAAUUGAGUCCCGUUUCAUUUCAAUAUAGGAUAGGUGAAAAUGGUGAUCCCAAAGCCUUCUUAAUAGAGAUUUCCUGGACAGAAACAUAUCCCCAAACACCUCCAAUUAUAUCUAUGAACGCUUUUUUUAACAACACCAUAUCAUCGGCUGUAAAGCAGAGCAUAUUAGCCAAGUUACAGGAAGCGGUAGAGGUCAAUCUCGGGACCGCCAUGACCUACACGUUGUUUGAGUACGCCAAGGACAAUAAAGAGCAGUUCAUGGAGAAUCACCAGCCUGUGAAUUCUACGAUCCCCAUAAGCAGUAUCAUCUCCGUUGAAACUCCUAAUACAGCCCCAUCGAGUAAGAAAAAAGACAAAAAAGAACAGCUUUCAAAAGCCCAGAAACGUAAGCUGGCAGAUAAAACAGAUCACAAAGGAGAACUUCCUCGAGGAUGGAACUGGGUGGACGUGGUGAAGUUAAGCAAAACUGGCUCUAAAGAUGAUGAAUAGUACUUGGAAUUGAAGACAAGAGAAGAGCAUCCUUUAAAAAGUAAACUGGGUUCAAAAUCCUUCAUUACUCUUUUCUGGUAUUGAGGUGGCUUUUUAUAAAACAGAAUUUUUUUGUAUGUUUCUUAUGUAAAAAAUGUUUUAAGCUGAAAGUUCAUGAAGAUAUCUGGUUGUAUUAAAUUAUUUUCACAAACUUGCCUUAAUAAAAGGUGAAAUGUUACCGUUUAGCAUUAUUUUUGAAGAUGGUUGAGCUUUGUAAAUGGACAAAAUGGGAAAUAAUAAAUAAUCAAUGUGAGUUUAUAUGAUCUUAUCCUAGUGGAUGUGAUAUUUUUUAAAGGAGCAGGAAGCCUUUUUGAAACUCUCAUCCCAGUGGAGAAUACUGAGUGAACAGUUACUCUGUGGCAUGAUCAUAUUAAUAGACUUCUCAUCUUAAUGAAGUCUUCAUCUCUUCUUUCUCUUAAUUACUGAAGCAUAAAUUGCUUCAGAGAAAUUUAAAUACUAGUAUUUGAGCUUUAUACAUACCAUUCUUUAUAGUUCCUUUUUAUUUUUCAAGAGUGAACUACUUCUUUUUAAUAAACAAGUAUCUGUUUAUACUUUUCUCUUCAUUUGGGUCAUACUUGGCAAUGAGAGUUUCCAGCUGUAUGUGGAGUAGGAGAAUAUAAAAAUAAAUCUGCCAAAUACGUUCAAAAGCAUUUGAACAGAAGUGUUGGUUCCCAUUGAAAACAUUUCUCUUUGCUGCAUACACCAAGAUGGGAGUCAAAGAUGCCUUAAUAUUUAAUUUUUGUAUUGUUGGAGACAAUGGUUUUAAUAAAUUCCUGUUUAUCUGUUACUGUGUGUUUGUGGUUGUCUGGUAACAGAGAUCUUCUCAAUGGUUUAACAUAAAACCACGUUUCAAGUCUUACUUCUUUUCAAGUAUAUCCACACAGAUUUCUCACCCUGAGCAUCUUCAUAGAAAUAGUCAUAGAAGUUUUUCAAAUGCUGAAUCAUAGUACAGGAUUGAUUUUUUUUUUUUUUCAUCAUGAAUAAGGUUAACUAUUAGUGUCCUGUAACCAGGAAGUUACUGACAUGUGUGAUUUUCAGUGACUGCGUUUGCUCCCUGGCUUGAAAACCCUAAGAACUGCUGCUCUAUCUAGAAGGGUAGACUGUUGGUUCCUCCAUUUAUACUCGUGCAGCUUGGGUCUGAGUUUUUAAAGACUUAAAAAACUUCCGAAGACAUGUCCUUAGCAUAAGAGCAGUUUGGAUUGUAUCUGUGGCUUUUCCUGGGUUAACAGUAGGCUCAUUGAAAUUGUUUGAAUUACAUAGUAAAAACAAUUACGGUGAAGAAGUGUAAUCUGAUUUUCAAAAGCUGAAUCACAUUCUUUAUCUCGAACUAAUAUAACAGUAACAUUGAAAUUCAAGAUCACCGGAACAUGCCAACAUUUGUUUUUGGGGUUGUGUACAUUUGUUUAUGUUGUGUUGACUUGUUUGCUUGUUUUUAAACUGAAACCACUGCAUCUGCUAGUGAACAAACCGUGUUUUGCUCUGAAAAUUCUGAAAUUGUUCGGGCUUAUUGUGGUUCAGAGAUGACAAAGAAUAAUGCUAGUUAAAUGCCAAUGAACUAUUUUUACUCUUUUUAUAUUAAAUGUACAAAUUUUGGGGGUGAUGGUGGCAGUGGUGCCUCUGACCACCUUCUGUAACACACUUGAACAUCCUCAUCUGUAUUGCCGUCAUUUGUUUAACGCUCCCAGCAUAUUUUCUCAGUCUGUCUACCUAAAAUUGUAUGGAAUGACAUAAUUAAUAAGCAAUAAAACCUGAAUUACACAUA